UAAUAAUAAUAUGGCUAUAUACAAGAACCAAGACUGGAAAGCUAUGCUGGAACUACAAUUGAACUAUGUUACCAGAUUAAUGGUGAAGCCCAGUGCUGUGAUAAUGCUGUAAUAAUGCUGUGAUAAUGAUCUGGCCAGCAGACACUUGGUGAUAGACAGUGACACACCAAGCAAAAAAAAAAUAAUAUUGGACGAGUCUGGGCCCAGCUCUCAGAUAUAUACAGAUGGCUAGACAGUUAAUUUGAAUGAAAGUCCACCCCCACCUCAAGUGUCAAGGGAGAGGGGUGUGAGAUGACUGUGCUGACGUAGAGCCGAUUAGGUUCCUAUAUCAUUAACUCUAUGUGACACAGUAUCCCUGAAGGGACCAAUUUUAUAUUCCAAACAAAGCUCAGCUUUCUGCUGUUUAUGCAGAUUGAGCUUCUGCAUUUGCCUGUAUUUAUCCAUUACUGUUCUAACAUUCUUUUACCUUAGAGUAUUUAUUCCUGAAAUCCGCAUUAGAAAUAUAUAAACUGUGGACAGGUUAUUUGUAUAUAGUGUAAAAUAGGGGUGCAUUGAUACCCUAGUGCAAGUACUAGGGUCGAUACAAAACUCAUUUACUUGUUCUCUUCCUUGUGACAAUGCCCCAAUGCCUAUAAUUUUCACCGUGUCAUCACGUAUUAGUGAUGUCACUAACAAGCAAAAAAAAGUGUGUAGCUUAGUUUUUUUUCCCUGCUCCACCUCAAAUGAUUCAGCUCAAGGGCUGUGUGGUAAUUAGCACAAGGAGCUGAGUCAGAUGUGUUAAAUGAGGGGAAACCAAAAUCUGUGCAGGACUCUGGCCCUCCAGGACUGGAGUUUGAGACCCCAGAUUUAGAGCAUGUAUGAAAACAAGUUCAUACAACACAAAUAAUGCAAUUAAACAUGUAAAAGCUAAACAGAAGUAUGAUUAUGAUGCAAUUGCCCCCAGCAGCACUCUGCAACAACCCACCAUGCAGCAAACACUAGCACAGAGAGAGAAAAUGUCAAACGAUAAACCCUGUGCAGUGAAACUAACAGAAGCGCUAACCCAAUAUAUUGUUCUUGACGAUUGAACAUAAGGUGCCGUAACGGUGUCGAGAUUGUAGUAAUUUUUGAGUUGAGUUGGUAUGUGGUGUAAAAAGUUUGUGAGCCACUGCUUUAUAAGUUUUUAGAUACCCUGUGGCAUGUUAUUGAAUCAUGAAUAAAUCUGGUGCACUGAUCUAUUGACAAAUUUUAAUGUACGAUCCAUAUGUCAUUUUUACAUGAAUUUACAUAUUUUAUAGAAAAAAACAGUUCCCCACUUUGUGCUAGGUGCAUGUGGGUGUGUGUGUGGGGGGUAAUUUUGAUAUUAUUGUUUAUCCUGAAUUUUUUAAUUAAAGUAUUGCAUAUUACUUUUUUGGUACUCAUACUCGGUCAGAAAAAAAUGGUACUGAUGCAUCCUUAGUAUAAAGUGCAUAUAAUGUGUUUUUCGUUGCCUGAUUUGUUGUGGAAUAGUAAUAAUCAGCUAUACUGAGAGGCCACAAGUCACAAAAACCUUCUGAACUUCAUUUGGAAAGUGAGAGACUGCUUCUAUACAUGGUAUGGUAUGGGAGUGGCCUAAAUACCCUGUACCCUAAAUUGUUUUUUAUCGCUUAAUGGUUAAAGAUGAGAUAUUCUGAAGGUAGAAUCAGAUCAGUCAGUUUAAACUGCAGAUGUCUGAGUAUUCUAUUUCACAUUUACAUUUUAUAUAUUUUGAUAAGUUGAUACAAUGUUCUAUAAAAAUCUGUCUUGCAACUAAUGUAGGUGUUUUUUUCCAGUACAUUUACAUGUAAUGGCGUAAACCAAGAGCUAUAACUUUGAAAUAACAAAAACACAAACAUUUUUAAAUAGCACAAACAUGGUACAAACAAUUGAGAGUGGUUUGGCCCAAACAGGACACACGGUGGUGAGAUCACCAUGUAAACAAACAUUUAUAUCUCCAAAACUAAAGCAGCCCAAAGCAUGUCAAUGUAAAUGGUAAUGUAUAUUAAGACACACAAAGAAACACAAGUAAUUUACUAAUUCUAUUCAUUUUCUAUAACUGCUUGUCCUAUUCAGGGUUGUGGGGGGUCUGGAAACUAUGGGUGCAAGGCAUGGAACAACGUAGGAUGGGGUACCAACUCAUUGCAGGGCACACUAACACACCUUUAACAAUCUGAAAAUUCCAAUUAACCUCAGUGUGUUUUUGGACUGUGAGGGGCUAAUGGAGGAACUGGAGUAGCAAAAGGAAACCUCAUGACAAUACAGGGAGAACGUGUAAGCUCCACACACAUGGAGCCAUGAGAUUCGAAUGCUGGUCCCAGCGGUGUGAGGCAUUAGUGCUAACCAAUGUACCACUGUGCCACCCAAAACCAUCUAACUGCUGGAGAAAAAACUGGCAUGUACAGUACUGUAAGUGGAAGUGCGAUAAAUGAUUAGGUAUAGUUUCAGAGUUACUUAUCACAACUAGGACUCAGAAAACACAUUAAAACACAUUUGUUGGCUUUCACAUUUCCAGGUGAUCCAUCCAGUACUUCUAGAAAUCGUACUUAAGAGAAUGGCGAACACAUAAUUACUGUGAUAAUUGCCAAUUAGUCGGGUUACUUGUCUGAUAUUGUCCAUUACAAAUAAUUUCAUCAUAUUGCCCAGCCCUAGGCUGGCACCGAAUAACCAUAUGGGCAUUUGGCCACGUGCCUAGGGGCACCUCGUCCUUAGGGGGCACCAAGAAAAGCAGCCCCCCAUAAGCCUCCCCCCCAGUCCCAUUCCCAAAUGUUUUUUUACAAGUUCAUACGGUUCAAUAUCUAAUACGUUUAAUAAGAUUAUAUAUUUUAUAUAUUUUAAUAUGGAAGUCACUAAAAAGCCUAUGUAAUGUUUUCCCUGUGUUAGGUGCAUUUAUGUAUUUUGUGAGCCAACAAUCAGCUCUGUUUCUUUCUGAAGUGACGUAAUACUCUUAAUCCGGAUCUGGCCCUAGGUGCCAAUGUAAAAAUGGUUAAGCCCCUCUGUCAGGCUUGUACGCGUACAGACAGACAGAUACAGUCAGCCUUUCUGUCUUGUUCAGAAGAGCGGGCAUCCUUAGGCAUAUAACUGAAUAAAUCCCUCUUUUGUCUGUACAGCAUAUUAUCUACUUUCACCCACUUACUGUCAUGCCUGUGUUCUCUGUCCUAGUUGAGUGGCAGACCAUGUCUCAGAAGAAGAUUUUUCUGCUCUUGGUGGCGAUUAGCAGCGCGCUCCUGCUUCGUCACGGGGGUCAUGUGAGCUGGACGAUGAGGCCUUUCCACCUGGGCUACUCCUCACUGCAGUCAUCCUCUGCCUCAGGCCUGAAGACCAAGCACACUAGCAUUGCCUUCUUGAAGACGCAUAAAACAGCCAGCACCACUGUACAGAACCUCCUCUUCCGCUUCGCUGAACGCAAUAACCUAACGGUGGCGCUGCCAAUCCAGGCGUGUGACCACCAGUUCUGCUACCCACGGACUUUCAGCACCCGCUUUGUGCAUUCUCACACCAUGUCCCCCCAGGUCAUCACUAGUCAUAUGCGCUUUAAUCAUUCUGAGCUGCGUCGCUUAAUGCCCAAUGACACUGUUUAUAUAACCAUUCUGCGGGAGCCGACUUCCAUGUUUGAAUCCCUCUUUAGCUACUACAACCAGUAUUGCUUGAGCUUCAAGCGUGUCCCUAAUGGAUCUUUGGAAGCUUUCCUGGAGCAGCCAUGGCACUACUACCGGCCACAUGAGAAAGACUCCAUGUAUGCUCGCAACACGCUGACCUUUGACCUGGGAGGGGAUAAGGACCGGUCACCCAAGGACAAAGCCUACAUCAAAGGCUUUAUUGGCGAGGUGGAGCGCAUAUUUUCGCUGGUGAUGAUUGCAGAGCACUUUGACGAGUCAUUGGUGCUGCUGCGCCACCUGCUGGCCUGGGACCUGGAGGACAUGCUGUAUGUGAGGAUGAACAUGCGCAGGCCGAGCUCCCGUCGCAGCCUGGGCGCUGACCUGCCGGCUCGCAUACGCAGCUGGAAUGCACUAGACACGGCGCUUUACGAGCACUUUAACAAAUCACUGUGGGAGCGGCUGCGAGCACUGGGGCUGAGCAGUGUAGGGCGCGAGGUGCAUUUGCUCCAGAGUGCCCAGGUCAGACUGGUACAGGGCUGCUUUGGGGGCCGCCUUCCCCAGCUGCGACCUGCUGCCUUCAUUAGGAACAAGGAGCUCCGGCCGUGGCAGCCAAGCCCCAAGGUGGAUAUCAUGGGCUAUGACCUGCCACCCAACGCCUCACGCCUGGGCAGAGGGGCAGGCGCCAUGUCACAUGACCUAUGCGUCAAGCUCCUCAUGCCGGAGGUGCAGUACUCCCGGCUACUCCUCCGCUCUCAGUCUCAACGUUACCGCCGGAGCCACUCGCUGUGGGUUCCUCCGCCUGAGCGUCCCAUCCUGGCACACGCUCACUCGACAGUACGGUCUCCUCUGACCCUUCCCAGCCCCACUCUCAGCUCCCAGGCUACCGAUGCCCGGAGGCAGGCAGGGGCUGUGCCCCAGGUGCUGCACAAAGAGCUGCUGUAGGUUUGACUUGACUCCAUGCUUUUAACAACAAAUUUUCUGCCCUCACAGGAGUGGUUGGUGCACAACAGACCCUCAUCCAUCCUCUCAGAGCACACACCAUCACACUACAGAUUCUCCACUUCCUCCUCACUACAGACCUUCCCUCUCAUCUUCCACUGCUGGCAUCAUUACACACUUCUGCUGCAGUGCAGAAUUACCCCAGCCCUCAAACUAACCCUUGGAUUAUCAUCGGACAAGGUCUAGUGUAGUGUUUCCCAACCCGGUCCUCAGAGACCCCUAGACGGUCUGUUUUUACUUCCUCCCAGAGAGUCCAUGUUUUUGCUGGGAGGUAGCAAAAAUGUGGACUGUCUAGGGGUCUCCGAGGACCGGGGGAAACACUGCACUAGAGGGCAACCUCUAGUUCAAAUCGUAACUUUUGUAUACCAAUGCACAUUGAAUAGGAAGGUCUCAGGCUAUGAACACUUAAGUAAGUUUUCUACACUUAUAAGCAGGUUAAGGAUCUAGAGUGGAUAUAAAAAGUACACACAUCCCUGUUAAAAUGCCAAAAUGUUGAAAAUGAGACCAUGAUAAAUGAUUUAAAAACACU